AUGGAACUACCCUCUAACACCGAUUACUCUGGAUCUCGCACGAUUACGACGAACGAGUUGCCUUACCCAGUCCCUGAGGAAGGACAGUUUGAAGAACAUGUAUUACGAUUAGAACCCGAGUCUCAAGGCAGACGUGUAAGGUGGGCAAAUAAUACUGUCGACAAUGAGAAUUUGAAUAAGAAAAAAUCUAAAGGUAUGCUUAAGGAUGUGCAGGUACUGAUUAUUGGGAACGGAAUCAUCAAGGAUGAUUUGAAGUCUUUUUCUAUGCACAUUAGGUAUGUUGCAUUUACCAUAAGACUAGAAAAUUUGAUGAAAGUUCAUCGGAAUCCGACAGCGACACGGAUUCUUCAAGCUGUAGCCGCAAUGCUUAUGAACGUGCGUGAGGAAUUAGGUUGUAAGGAAUAUAGAGUUCAGAAAAAUCAUAAAUUCUCUUAA